GGGCAAUUCUAAGAGGCAGUGGCCGAGUUUAACAUGGAUCGCUAAAAGCACCUGCUCCUAUGCUCUGGAUGGUCAGGGAGACUUGGCUUCUCUAAGUCUCCUCCAGGACACAGAUUCACAGAGUUCACGCCAGGGAUUGCUACUGACAGAGAGUCUGGAGAUGGCAAAAGCUUAUGUGAAACCCAAGGAGAUGACAGAGUUGGUCAACACACCCUCUUGGAUGGACAAAGGUCUGGCCUCUCAGAAUGAGGUGAAGGAGGAGGAGCGAAGACCGACUGCUUAUGGAAUGCUUGGCAGCUUAACUGAAGAUCAUGACAGUAUUGAGGAGGAAGAAGAGGAGGAAGAAGAUGGGGAGAAGCCUAAAAGAAGAGGUCCCAAGAAAAAGAAGAUGACAAAAGCUCGCCUUGAGAGAUUCAGGGCUCGAAGGGUCAAGGCUAAUGCUAGGGAACGGACCCGGAUGCACGGCCUGAACGAUGCCCUGGACAAUCUGAGGAAGGUCAUGCCGUGCUACUCUAAGACCCAAAAGCUCUCCAAGAUAGAGACUCUUAGACUGGCCAGGAAUUAUAUUUGGGCUUUGUCUGAGGUCCUAGAAACUGGACAGACACCUGAGGGGAAGGGCUUUGUGGAGAUGCUCUGUAAAGGGCUCUCUCAGCCGACAAGCAACCUGGUGGCUGGCUGCCUCCAGUUGGGUUCUCAGUCCAUCCUCCUGGAAAAGCGUGAGGAGAAAUCUGUUUGUGACUCUGCCAUCUCUGUCCACAACUUCAACUAUCAAUCUCCCGGGCUCCCCAGCCCUCCUUAUGGCCAUAUGGAAACACAUCUUAUUAAUCUCAAACCCCCAGUAUUCAAGAGUUUGGGAGAGUCAUCUUUUGGGAGCCAGCCGCCUGACUGCAGCACCCCACCUUAUGAGGGCCCACUCACACCACCCCUGAGCAUCAGUGGGAACUUCUCCUUGAAGCAAGACGGCUCCCCUGACCUGGAUAAAUCCUACACUUUCAUGCCACACUACCCCUCUGCAAGCCUAAGCUCAGGGCAUGUGCAUUCAACUCCUUUUCAGGCUGGCACCCCCCGCUAUGAUGUUCCCAUAGAUAUGUCCUAUGAUUCUUACCCCCACCAUAGCAUUGGGGCCCAACUCAAUACAAUCUUCACUGACUAGGGCAGUCA